AUGUCAGUCCCAAGUGAAUUCAGCCGCUUUGCGGCCCAGAUGCACAGCUUUCGCCAAUCUGACGAGGCACGAGAGCAUUUUGUUAGCGAAAUUCUAGGAAAAUACCAGGCCUUGACCGAAGAGCACACCAACCUGCAUAAUGACUACCUCAGUGAACGAGACAACCGGAGAAACUAUCAGAGGCUCGCCGAAGAGCGACAGGCUCAGGUGGUCGAGUUCGAACCGAGUUCCUUUGUCUUGGCACUUAUAGAUGGAGACGGCGCUAUUUUUCAAGAUGCUCUACUUCAGGCUGCUAGUGGCGAUGGAGGAUCAGAGGCUGCUUCUCGCCUGUACCAUGCCCUCCACGACCACAUUGCCUCGCUGUACCCCAACGCGGGCAAAUGGCCCAUUAUGGCCCACGUCUAUCUAAGUCUUGAUAAGCUUGCAACAAAGCUUACUUCGGUAGGCCUUCAGCGCUCUUCAAUGGAACUGCGAACUUUUGCACAGCGCUUCAGUUUGAAUCAGCCCUUAUUUAGUAUUAUCGAUGUUGGCCAAGGCAAAGAAAGAGCCGACCACAAGAUUAAGGAAAUGCUUCGUACCUUUAGCGACAAUCCUUCCUGCCGGCAUAUCAUUUUCGGCGGAUGUCACGACGCAGGCUAUCUUUUAAACUUUGAACAUUUCAAGCAUAAUGUGACCAAAGCUAGCCAAAUUACCCUUCUUGAAACUACGCCGGCAUACCGGGGCUUCAACGAUCUUGUCCAUUUCAAACGCGCUCGCUUCGAUAAUGUCUUUAGGACUGAGCAGCUGCCUGAAAACGCUCGCUCAAUCAACAUGCCUGUUCAAGCAGUGUCACAGCCCGUAGUGCAACAUACGCCUCGCUCCAUGACUAGCAAUGCCAAUACUUCGUCUCCAACGCCCACAAGAGCAUCCAUGGCCUCACCUGCGCCCAGCACGGCUGGGUCGUCCACGCCUAUCGAAUCGCAUGGCGAUUCAUGGGCUGCUGUAGGCAAGAGUAGCACCCCUGCAAACGGCAACAUCUCGAUAGCACCCAAUGCUGCUAAGAAGAAUAUUAAGAAGAAAUUUGCCUACUAUAACAAAGACGAGCAGAGGCUUGACGAGCCACUUCCUCUCAAGGACCCCGCAGGCGCACAUGCGCUCGAGGCGCGUAUGAAGAAGCUGGGCAAGAACAUGUGCAACAAUUGGCAUCUCGGUUCGCAUUGUGAGAAUGGAAACUUUUGCCCCUUCCAGCACGAGCCAAGGCUUCCGCCGGGCGAACUGAAUGCUUUGCGGCACAAGGCACGCAGUCUGGCUUGCAAAAGCAGGUACUGUGAGGAUGUCGGUUGUUAUUUGGGACACCAAUGUUCUUAUGAGCGCGACCAAGGCUUUUGUCCCUUUGGUGACAAAUGUCACCUUCGGCAAGCGCACGGCAUGGAUAGGGUCAAGUAUUGCAGAUACGACAUGGAGGGUAAUGUAACGUAUGCUCCUUGA